CUACACCCGGUUCCAUUCAAUCAAAACCUCCCCCGCUCCCACGACGAAAGAGUAUUCAAAAAAUUCUUUCAAUGACGAAACUACCCAAAACUUUUUCCCAUAUUUCUCAACGCAUGAAAAAGAAACGCUCCUCUGCUCUGCUGUUGGAUGACUCUCUGCCUUUUAAGUUCCUUGUCAUAUUCUCUUUGUUCUCUCAAAAUCUUAACGGCAGACAUUUCCAUCACCGUUAAAUCCAGUGUUAGCAACCGUUCUUUAACGCCGGCCAUGAACGCCGUUGACUCCGCGGUUUCUGUCUUUUUCUCUGGCUUUCACUUUCUUCACUUUUUCUUUGAUAAUUCUAUUUAAGACACUUAAAUUUCGGGGAUUAUUUUUUUAAUUUUCGAAUUUUGAAAAAUUUGAACUUUCCUGAGAAAAUACAGUAUCUCUCCUUUAAUGGUCUUUUGAGGCCCUCAUUGUUCCAAAGAUUGUUAUAAAAAGGAUUGGGAUUUGUUCCAUUUUCAUGAGCUAAAGCUAGCGGUUUUCGUCAAUGAUAUAUCGAGAUGAAGAAGCUGUUUUUCUUCAAAUCUUCCUCUAACAGUGGUAACAGCAAUACUGUUCCUUCACCAUCAGCAGAUAAGCAAGCUUACUGGGAAAACACAUUGGAAAGUGGGUUAGAUGAUCAACAUGGUGACAAGGCUGACUAUAGUUUUCGCAGUCCUAAACCUUUGUUUGGAAAAUCUCGAAAGCAAAAAUCUGAUAGCCCAAGCUUUAGUAACAGUUCAUGUCUUCGAAGGAGUCAUUCUUUGUCAUCAGCAGCCUUUCUUGUAGAUGGGCUAGGACAACAAAAUCUUUCUUCCUCAAAUGAUCAAAAUAGGUCUCCUAAUAUUACUUCACAACAGCAACAUGAUCGCCCAUCUUGGCGGACUGCUCUUACUCCUGAGAAGAAAUCUAAGGCUAAAAGAUGUGAAGCGACAGCUAUUGGUUUUGAUAGGCCCUGCUCUUCUGGUUCUUCAAGGAUGCCCCAUGAUUCAUCUGGAAGCUCUUCCUCUUGCUCUAGCAAUGUGUCAAGUAAAGUUAUAGACCGCUAUAUUGAUGGAGAACAGCUGCAGGAAAGUAGCAAGUCCAAGAACAGUUCAAAAAGAAAUAAUCUUGGAAAUGGUGGUGGAAGGCGUCCUCCACGAGUUCAAUAUACAGCCCCUUCAUCUCCAACAGAUAGUGUCAAAGAGAAAAGCAAGUCUCAUUCAUUUAGGGAAGCUAAAGGCACACAUCUUCACUUCUCAUCUAGAGAUUGGGUGGAAAAUGGAUUCAGGCAUGAGUCACCACGGAUGAUUGCAAAGAAUGUGAUUGAGAGGCUUUCUCAGGCUCAUGUUGUCCCGAGAUCAAGUUCAAAGGAAUAUGACUGUCGUAUUCCAAUCACAACUGAAGAUGUAUACGGUAGAUGCUUGAAUAGAUGCCCUGAGUCCAAGUUGGAUAUGUUGGCCCAAAAAAGUUGUGUAACGGAUGAACCUUAUGAAAAUGUAAAUGGAUAUAAUGGGGAUUUCUCAGGCUUGGAGGAGCAAAAUUGUUUCUUUGGGGGAAGCUCUAAUGGUUUGAACUCUUCUGAAACAGAAGAGGAUACAGAUGUUGAAUUACAAAGAAGAUCUAAAGAAGUUGAGGAGAGAGUCUUGCUUCUUUCUGAAGCUCUUGAGCAGGAAAUCUUUCGUCGUGACAGUGGGUUUGAUGUUUCGUCACUCAUUCAAACCAUUAGGCACCUAACAGAGGACAAAAUAAACCUGGCACUUGAGGUUUCAGAUCUUAUACAAUCUAGAAUUGCUGAGAGAGCUUGCGCCAGGGAGGAACUGAGAAUGGCAAGGGCAGAAUUGGAGUCACAAACAAAAAAGUUAGAGAAGGAAAAGCAUGAGAUACAGUUGGGAUUGGAAAAGGAGUUAGAUAGAAGGUCAAGCGAUUGGUCAUCUAAGCUUGAGAAGUACCGGUCAGAAGAGCAAAGGCUUCGUGAACGUGUUAGAGAGCUAGCAGAGCAAAACGUUUCACUUCAGAGAGAAGUCACUUCCUUCAAUGAGAAGGAAACAGAAAACCUAAGCAUUAUGACAUAUUCCACAGAACAACUUAAAGAGUUGACUGGAAAGGUGGAAAAGUUGAAUGACGAGAAUCAAGAUCUAAGGCAAAAUCUCUCCCGGUCACAACAGAAGUGUAGAGCAGCAAUAGAAGAUCUCAAUUGCAUUAGAAGAAAUUUUGAAGAGAAGGAGAAAGAGUGCAAGGAGUUGCAAAAGUCCAUUACCAGAUUACUGCGAACCUGCAAUGAGCAAGAGAAAACAAUUGAAGGGUUGCGAGAAGGAUAUAGUGAGGAGAUUGAGAAGAAGCAAUCCACGGAAAAGAACGAAAAACAGGUGAAAAAAUUGCAAAUGGAGCAAAUCAGGCUAACUGGAGUAGAAUUUGCAUUAAGAAGGGAAGUGGAGUCUUGCAGGCUUGAAGUUGAUUCUCUUAGACAUGAGAAUAUCGAUCUAUUGAAUCGCUUAAAAGGGAAUGCAAAAGACAUUGGAGCUUUAACCUUCAAGCUAGACAAGGAAUUGCAGAAUGCUGUGCGCUAUUUGCAGAAUCAAGGACUCUCUAUACUUAAUGAGAGCACCCUCUUGUCUUCCAAGUUAAUUGAGUUCAUCAAAGGAAGAGCCAGUCAGUUUCAAGAAACUCAGCAGGGUCUAGAUGGCCAAUUUAUUGUUGAAUCUGAUAUGAAAGUACAAGGCAUUAAACGUGGAACUGAAAGCCUAACAAGGAGUUUGCAGACAAUAUCCACUUUGCUGCACGAGAAAUUUAGUCCAGUUGCCUCAGAUUCUCACUUGGAAUCAAUGAAACUCAACAAUCAAUCUUCAGAGGAGAUUAUAAGAACUGAGCUUAAAGCAGAAACGUUGCUGACAAGUUUGUUGAGGGAAAAGUUAUACUCAAAAGAGCUUGAAGUAGAGCAGUUGCAAGCUGAGCAGGCAGCAGCUGUGAGAGGUAAUGACAUCCUUAGAUGUGAAGUACAAAAUGCAAUGGACAACAUUUCCUGCCUCACCCACAGAUUGAAAGAUCUUGAAUUGCAGAUACUGAAGAAAGACGAGGAUAAAAGCCGUCUUCAGAGUGACUUACAAGAAUCAAUAAAGGAACUAACCAUCUUGAAGGGUAUACUGCCUAAGGUGUCCCAAGAGAGAGAUUUGAUGUGGGAAGAAGUGAAGCAGUAUAGUGAGAAUAACAUGCUUUUAAAUUCAGAGGUUAACGUAUUGAAAAAGAAGAUAGAAGCUCUGGAUGAGGAUAUUCUUUUGAAGGAAGGGCAAAUUACAAUCUUAAAAGACGCCCUAAGCAACAACAAAACUUUUAACCUUCUUGGCAGUCCUGCUGAAUUUCUCCUGGAAUGAUCAGCAGAGAGGUUGGUUUUGGCUUAAUCAUACUGUUCAUAGCCUUACACUUUUGAAUUUGUGUUCUUGAUGUUGCUUUUUUUUUUUCUUUUUCGAAGUUUGCGAAAGAAGUGCACAAGGGACACUUUGAUUUUUUUUUUUUUAUAGAUUAAAUAUUAUUGUAUGUAGUUGGUUUUCAUCUCAUAAAACCAGUAGAAAGCAACCAAAUUUCCUGGUGUUUCAACAUGAAUAGACAGGUAUAUCCAUAUUACAGGCACAGAUUUAUCAGAGAAGUCAAAUGAUAUUGACAAAAGCGACCAAUUUUUCAAAGUUGAGACAAUGAUUAAUUGGACUUACUAAUGCAAAA